UGUGAUUAGAUUGUCCUUGCUAGACCUACUGGUCAGAAAGAGUAACUAGUUAUUAAAGAGUAUUAACUCACUGGAAUUAAAAUCCAAAAUACUUUUUAGUUUUUCCAAUAGUUGCCUCCAAUUCUAAAACUGUUGAACACUCACUUCUUGCUAUUUUGCCUUAUUGGUAAUCCUUGAAAAGUAAUGUAGAACACCAGCAGCUUUCUGGCUCAUUGGCCACUCAACAAUGCCUCCUUCAUCAGUAAACAUAUGGGCUUAUUAAACCACUACCAGGUAAGCAUAAUAUUGCAAGGCCUCCCCUUGGGUUUGUCUGGUUCUUUGUGAUGCUGGUGAUCUCUGUUGAUGUGUUGCCUGAUCUCCAUUUAGUUUGCAUGUAUUUCCUUGGUGGGGUCUUCUCUUGAAGGGAGACCUCUGUUAUAAGCUUAAUUAAGGCAGAAUUCUGAAUGCCUGCAGCGUCUGUGUUAACAAAAGACCAAAGACUUGUUGAAUCAUCUAGCUCGGCUUUCUACAAUGGAUUGCCAGGAUACAGAUUGCAGAUGCCGCCUAUUGGGGCACCGACAACGUUCACACUUGAGCUCCCAGGCUACCGACAGCAGCCGGCGUUCGAGGCUCCGCGCGGAAGAAGCAAUGGCCAACUCCAGGGGCCGUCUGUACCUUUGGAUGUGCUUGGCUGCAGCGCUGGCAUCUUUCCUGGCGGGAUUUAUGGCUGGUUCAUUAAGCCUUUCAAAGGAACAACCACUUCAGUGCGCUAUCAUCAAAGUAUACGGUGGAAACUGGUCUCAGAAAUGAAAGCUGAAAACAUUAAAUCAUUUCUUCGCUCUUUUACAAAACUUCCUCAUCUGGCAGGAACAGAACAAAAUUUACUGCUCGCCAAGAAAAUUCAAACCCAGUGGAAGAAAUUUGGGCUAGAUUCAGCCAAGUUGGUUCAUUAUGAUGUUCUUCUCUCUUACCCUAAUGAGACAAAUGCCAACUAUAUAUCAAUUGUGAAUGAACAUGGAAUUGAGAUUUUCAAAACAACAUCCCUUGAACCUGCACCAGAUGGAUAUGAGAAUGUUACAAAUAUUGUACCGCCAUAUAAUGCUUUCUCAGCCCAAGGCACGCCAGAGGGAGAUCUUGUAUAUGUGAACUAUGCUCGUACUGAAGAUUUUUUCAAACUAGAAAGAGAGAUGAACAUCAACUGCACUGGAAAGAUUGUUAUUGCAAGAUAUGGGAAAAUCUUCAGAGGAAAUAAAGUUAAAAAUGCCAUGUUAGCAGGAGCCAUCGGGAUCAUCUUGUACUCAGAUCCAGCUGACUACUUUGCCCCCGAGGUACAGCCAUAUCCCAAAGGAUGGAAUCUUCCUGGCACUGCAGCCCAGAGAGGAAAUGUGUUAAAUUUGAAUGGUGCUGGUGACCCACUUACUCCAGGCUAUCCGGCUAAAGAGUAUACUUUCAGACUUAAUGUUGAAGAAGGAGUAGGAAUUCCCCAAAUACCUGUACAUCCCAUUGGAUAUAAUGAUGCAGAAAUACUAUUACGCUAUUUGGGAGGAACUGCUCCACCAGAUGAGAGCUGGAAGGGAACUCUUAAUGUGGGUUACAGAAUCGGGCCUGGAUUUGUAGGCAGUGAUUCUUUCAGGAAGGUUAGAAUGCAUGUUCACAACAUCAAUAAAAUUACAAGAAUUUACAAUGUCAUUGGAACUAUCACAGGAUCUGUGGAACCUGACAGGUAUGUUAUUCUGGGAGGUCACCGGGACUCCUGGGUGUUUGGAGGUAUUGACCCAACCAGUGGGACUGCUGUUUUGCAAGAAAUUGCCCAGAGUUUUGGAAAACUGAUAACUAAAGGUUGGAGGCCUAGAAGAACUAUCAUUUUUGCCAGCUGGGAUGCAGAAGAAUUUGGACUUCUGGGUUCCACAGAAUGGGCUGAGGAAAAUGCAAAAAUACUCCAGGAGAGAAGCAUUGCUUAUAUCAACUCAGAUUCAUCUAUAGAAGGAAAUUAUACUCUAAGAGUUGACUGUACACCCCUUCUUUACCAAUUGGUGUAUAAACUGACAAAAGAGAUCUCUAGCCCUGAUGAUGGUUUUGAGAGUAAAUCUCUUUAUGAAAGCUGGUUGGAAAAAGACCCUUCACCUGAAAAUAAAGAUUUUCCCAGAAUCAAUAAGCUGGGAUCUGGAAGUGAUUUUGAAGCUUAUUUUCAGAGACUUGGAAUUGCUUCAGGUAGAGCUCGUUACACUAAGAAUAGGAAAACAGAUAAGUACAGCAGCUACCCAGUAUACCACACAAUUUAUGAGACAUUUGAAUUGGUAGAGAAUUUUUAUGAUCCCACAUUUAAAAAACAGCUUUCUGUGGCUCAGUUACGAGGAUCAUUGGUUUACGAGCUUGCAGACUCUACAAUCAUUCCUUUCAAUAUUCAAGACUAUGCAAAAGCUUUGAAAAACUAUGCAACAAGUAUCUAUAAUUUAUCCAAGAAACAUGACCAACAAUUGAAAGAAUAUGGAGUAUCAUUUGACUCCUUAUUUUCUGCUGUGAAAAACUUCUCGGAAGCUGCUUCAGACUUUCAUAGAAGACUUACACAAGCUGAUCUCACAAAUCCCAUUGCAGUGAGAAUUAUGAAUGACCAAUUGAUGCUACUGGAAAGAGCAUUCAUUGAUCCCCUUGGUUUACCAGGGAGGCGAUUUUACAGGCACAUCAUCUUUGCUCCAAGUAGUCAUAACAAAUAUGCUGGAGAAUCAUUUCCUGGGAUCUAUGAUGCUAUGUUUGACAUUGAAAAUAAAGCAGACCCUCAUUUGGCCUGGACAGAAGUAAAAAAACAUAUUUCUAUUGCAUCUUUCACAAUUCAAGCAGCAGCAGGAACUCUCAAAGAAGUAUUAUAAAAAGAUCUUAGCCAAGUGGCUAGCCAUUAAAGGUGUUGCUGAAGAUAAAAUUCAUCAUCUUUUUAAUAACUCGUGAAGCCAGUGUUCAAAAAUCUUGCUUUACAUGUCACAUUGACUUUAGAUUUCUACCUUGUUCAUCUGCAAAGAGCUUUUUGGCUCUUUAAAUAUUCAUAACUGUAUUACAAAAGUGUUGGUCUAACAAAACAAAAAGCCCCUGUUAUGUGGCAGGAAAAAAAAUAACAGAAAUUUAACUAAAAUUAAUGACAAGGAAUUUGAAUUCUCAGAAAUCACUAGUGGGAAUGUAAAGUAGUAUAACCAUUUUAAAUGCUGGAAAAGAGUUUGAUAGCUUUUUUUUUUUGACAGGCAGAGUGGACAGUGAGAGAGACAGAAAGGUCUUCCUUUGCCAUUGGUUCACCCUCCAAUGGCCGCCAUGGCCUGUGUGCUGUGGCUGGUGCGCUGCGGCCGGUGCACUUCACUGAUCCGAUGGCAGGAGCCAGGUGCUUCUCCUGGUCUCCCAUGGGGUGCAGGGCCCAAGCACUUGGGCCAUCCUCCACUGCACUCCCUGGGCACAGCAGAGAGCUGGCCUGGAAGAGGGGCAACAGGGACAGAAUCCGGCGCCCCGACCGGGACUAGAACCCGGUGUGCCGGCGCCGCAAGGCGGAGGAUUAGCCUAGUGAGCCGCGGCGCUGGCCCUUGAUAGCUUCUUAAGUUAAAUAUGACUACAAAGUUCCAAUUGUAGGUGUCUACUCAAGAAGGAAAAAAAACCUUCUUGACCAUAUGGUAGGAACAACCCAAAUGUCCAUCAUCAGAUAAAUGAAUAAACUGUGAUAUAUCUGCAGUGGAAUAAUCAUCAGCAAUACCAAUGAAAUAACUGUCAAUAGUUGCAAUAUUACUGGCAGCUGUGAUUGAGGGAAAGAAGCCAGACACAAGUGAGUACAUAGCAUAUAAAUCUAGUUAUACAAAGAAGUGGCACAACUAUAGUAUGCUGUUGGAACUUAGAUCAGUGGCUGCCUAGACAGGUGGUCAGUGGAGGAGGAUGACUGCAAAGAAGCUUGAGGAAACUUACUUUUUUUUUUGGUGCCUUAAGCUGAGUGGUGGAUACACAGGCAUAUAUUUGUAGAACCGGCUCAUACUUAAAAUGUAUGUGUACGUUUUAUUGCAGGAAAACUAGGCCCCAGUAAAUCUGAUUACAAAAGUCCAUCUAAAAAACUGGAAGAGCACACUUUUAGAAAAUGAUGAUGUAGUGUAAAUGCUCAGAAGAAAAGUUCAAUUGGGACAGGCAUCUUGCGUAGUUUUAAGAUGUCGGUUAAGAUGUCUGUAAUCUUCUAUCACAGUGCCUGGGCUUGAGCUUCUGCCUUUUUUUUUUUUUUUUUUUUUUUUGACAGGUAGAGCUACAGACAGUGAGGGAGACAGAGAGAAAGGUCUUCUUUCCCUUGGUUCAGCCCCCAAGUGGCUGCCAAGGCCAGCGCUGUGCCAAUCCAAAGCCAGAAGCCAGGCACCUCCUCCUGGUCUCCUAUGCGGGUGCAGGGCCCAAGCACCUGUGCCAUGUUCCAUUGCCCUCCCAGGCCACAGCAGAGAGCUGGACUGGAAGAGGAGCAAGCGGCACUAGAACCCGGCGCACCAAUGGGAUGCCAGCACCGCAGUGGUGGAUUAACCCAGUGAGCCACGGUGCCUUGCCCCUAGGUUCUGCUAUUGAUUCCAGCUUUCUGCUGAUGCAAAUCCUGGGAAAUAGCAGGGGACGGCUCAAGUAGUUGGGGUCCUGCUACCCAUGAAGCUCCUGGUUUCAACAUGGCCCAGCUCUGGCUGUUGUAAGCAUUUGGGGAGUGAACCCACAGAUAGCUUUCUCUUUCUCUGCCUUCCAUGAUUUUUUUUUUUUAAACAGGAAAUAAAAAUGUUUUAAAGAGUAGCAACUAGCUGAGGAACAAAAAUUUCCAAUGCAUCUCAAUAUUACUAGAAGAUACUUUACUGAUUUUCCAAAAUAAAAUAUACAAUAUGUACAGUAAUGACCUUGAGUCAUCUAAAGAUACAUUUUAAACACGGGAGUGGGUACUUGUAGUAGUAAGAUGCUACUUAGGACACCAACAUUCCAUAUUGAAGUACCUGGGUUUUAAGUUCUUGCUUCCAGCUUCCUGCUAAUGGGCACCCUACGGGGGGAGGUGAUGGCUCAAGUAGUUGGGUCUCUGUCACCUACAUGGGAGACCUGGCUGACUUUUAGACUCCUGACUUUCGCCUGCUCCUGAUCUGGCUAUUGUAGGUUUUUGUGAAGUGAACCAGCACAUGAGAUCUCUCUCUCUCAAAAAUGAGUUCUUAUUUUGCUUAAAGGGAAGAGUAUUCUUAAUUUGUAUGCUAUUUAUUAAGUAUAAAUGAAUGUAUGACAUGUAUAAAAUUAGACUAUCAAAAUAAUUUUUCUCAAUUCUUUUUUUAAAAGAUUUAUUAAAGUCAGAGUUACGGAGAGGCAGAGAGGCAGAGAUAGUCUGUCUUCCAUCUGAUGGUUCACUCCCCAAAUGGCCACAAUGACCAGAACUGUGCCAAUCCGAAGCCAGGAACUAGGAGCUUCUUCUGAGUCUCCCACAGGGGUGCAGGGACCUAAGAAUUUGGACCAUUUUCUGCUCCUUUCCCAGGCCAUAGGAGAGAGCUGGAUUGGAAGUAGAGCAGCUGGGACUCGAACUGGUGCCCAUAUGGGAUGCCGGCACUGCAGGCAGUGGCUUCACACGCUACACCACAGUGCCAGUUCCUGUUUUCUCAAUUCUAAGGAUUUAACUUUGGUGCCAUACUAUACUUGCAAAAACACUUCAUUUGAGAGCAUAUACUUAAAAGUAACCAUUACCAUUUGCUCUCUGUGACCUGAGGCAAACAGUGCAACUUUCCUUUGCCUCAGAAAACAGGUAAUAAUAUACAGUACAACCAUGGAAAUUUCUGAAGAGUAAUUAAAGCCAUCAUGAAGCACUCAGGAAAGUGCUUAUCAUAUUUUAAUUGUGCCUCAAAAUUUGUUAUUACUGUCUACAGCUUCAAACUAUUUCUUACAAAUAAUGCCUCCUAAAUUCCCAAACCUCAAUCACAAACAGGAUUUUUUGGAAUGUCCUCUUAAUAAGUGUAUUGUAAAAGUCCUGUGAUUACACACUUUUCCUGAAAGUUUCAAAUUACUGCCUAAAAAAAUUGGACUAGAAUUUCACCUAAGUAUCUUACAAUUCUGAUUUUAUUACCCUGCCAUUUGCUUCAGUCUCCCUAACCCCCUUAAAUCUGUUUCCCUAUGCAGUCUUUUCCAGCUAUAAUUUAGGUGGUGUAUUGGGAGGACCUGAAGGGAUCUUUAAGGUAUCAAAAACAGUCCAGGUUGGCCUCUAAUAUGAAGUAGGCAGUCUGGGAUCAAUCUUUUUAUGGAUCUUACCACACUUGAGCCAUCAGCUUGUCUCCCAAGGUACGUGAUAACAAAAAACAAGAAUCGGGAUUGGGAUUAGAGCUCUGACAGAAACCUAGGCACUCCAAAAUGGAUCCAAGUGUCCCAAUGCAAACUCCACCCAUCUAAUCUUGUAAGGUUAUUCAUAAAAUUGUACUUGCAACAAUCUCAAUUAUGAUCAGUCUAAAGAAAUGAAAUUUAAGUUGACAACUUUCACACUUCAUCUACCUUAAAAAGAAACCAUGUCUGCCUAAAGUGUUUUAUCAUUGAUACUCACAGAAUUAAAGUUGAAGUCUGUGUCACACCCACACAGGUGUCCUUUCCCAUUCUUCUGAAGAGUAAUUUUUCUUUCAUACUUAGGAUCCAUUAUAGAUGAUCUUGGUGGCACACUGUGAAUGUUUACUAUGUAUGCCCAAAUGAUCUUUUAUUAUAUGUAUUCAUUUCCAAGGCUGUGUAUUCCUACUGUAGCAUACUAUGCAUGCCCAAAUAAUCUUUUAUUAUAUUUAUUCAUUUCCAAGGCUGUGUAUUCCUACUGUAGCAUACUCAAAGUAUAAUCAAAGGCAGGGCUUCUCAUUGUUUUUUAAUUAAGUCAAUAUGCCCUCAAAGAAGUUCAGAAUGAUUGCAUCCUCCAAAUUAGCGAAGCGAUGUAUUAGAUGCAUCACAUGGCCUGUCUACUUAUGAAUUCCAAAUCCUAAGAGCCAGGCAAAACCUCAGUGCAAGCUUCUGAUCUCACCAAUAGCCGUGGAAGACUUCAAGCAGAUUUGUAAUGUGUUGGACUCAGCAGUUUCUAGAGAAAAACAUAGUCUCCGAAACCUUUGUCUAAAUUCCCUAUUUUUGUUUAGACUCUCCCUCUAUUCCAAAACAUGGGAGUUACCCAAGAUUUUACUCUUCAGUUCAUAAUUCCUUUCAUUUCAAGAUCCAAAGUUUCUUAAUUUAUCUCCUCUACCUACUGCUUCUGCUAUAUUUCAUCCUAACUGGUUUUGUUACACACCUCCAAUUGUUUCUUUCCUUCAAACUGAUCUUUCUGAAAUAAAAUGCAAGCUCUAUUACAAAUACAUGAAAGAGGUAUGUGGGGGAGGUGCUUAACUAUGUCUGUAGGAAUCUACAAAUGAUUUUUAAGAAUGUUAAAAAAUUAUGUAUAUGAGAUCCCUCAAAAAUUUGUGGAAAAUGAAUGAAAAUGCUAUACAUGGAUUUCCCCCCAAAUUUUUUUUGCAUCAAAGUAAACUUCUAAUUCCUUUUUCUGUGGACAUUUUGAAAUACACUCAUAUUUAUGGAUGCACCCCUCCAACCCGUACACAUACACAGUGCUGUACUUGGUAAAGUUUUUCCUUUAGAGACCUGGGUAAACAACUCUGAAAAAGCUAGAUAUGUAUACUGGAACUAGAUAACUAAGGAAAUGGAUAGCAGAAGCUGGGAACCAGAUUUUUCACUGUAGUGAGAAGUUCAAGAGAUAAGGGAAGAGGCUGGAAUCAUUUAUGUGGUAAUGAGUUAGAAUUGGAAACAUAUGAACUCAUGGUUAGCCUAACAUAUACUUCGUUACAUAUGAAAUAUAGGUGUGUGUGUAUAUAUAUACAUAUACAAAUACAUACAAGUUAGUAUCUACACAUGUACUUCCUUGUUAUAAAACAGAGUACCUAUAACCAAAGACAACCCACUAGCAAUAAAUACCCAGAUACUGGUUUCCAAUACUGUUUUCCCAUGAAAGAAACCAGAUAUCUUUGGAGAAAUGACUAAUUCUAGAAUUUGGGCAGUAAAUAAAUCAAAUAUGCUCCAAACAUCUUGAAAUACCAGAAAAUAAGUGCUGAAUACAAAACACUGAAAAAAAAAUACAAAAAAAUCUGACACAAGGAAAAUAGGAGUUAAUAAGGCCACAAUAACAAUUUGAACACCAUAACAAAGUAAUACUGGAUUAUACCUCAAACCAUAAAUAUCCAUGAGUCCAUAUUAAUGUGAAUAAUUAUGUGAAUGGGGAGGAGACAAAUACCCUGUGUAGAAAAUUCCCAAGGAAAUGGAAUAUGAUACUAUUGUCUGCCUCUUCUCCCCACCCCACUUCUAAUUAUGAGCUGCAUAUACUGAUUUCCUUCCAAACAGUGGAAGAGGAUUGGGGCAACUACCUUUGCAAUGAAAAAACAGACACACACUACUGUAAGGCAGCUGAUCAAAAUGAUAAUUCAUGUUUACAGUCUGUCCUUGAUACAAUGGGAGAACUGCACUUCAGCUCUGUGGUUUUUCUUUCCCUGAUUACAGUUAAUGAUUGAUCUGACAAACUGCCCCAGUACCAAGAGGAGCCCAAGAGACAUAAUGACUAAAUAUAAUUUGGUCUUCUAGGUAGACUUCAAAAAAAUUUUUGGACUACAAAAAAAUGUAUUUGGUAAGAACCAUCAAAAUCUGACUAAAACAUGGACUCAGUGUAGUUAGUACAAUGAAUCAACAUUGGUUCAGUAAUUCUAAUGAGUGUACCUACUAAUGUGGUAUUCAUAGUGGAAACUGAGUGUGUUAUAUAUAUAAACUCUAUGUACUGUUUUUACAGUUUUUAUACAAAGCCCAAACUGUUCUAAAGUAAAAUGUUUAAAGAAAUCACACUGAUAAAAAGGAGAAAAAAAAAAAGGCUAACUUAUCAGAAAACCAUGCUGUCUUUACCAUUUAGUAUAUAUACAGCAGAACAGUCUGGAAAUUAUUCUACAGAUUCUUGGGCCCCACUUCUAGAGUUUCUGAUUUAGUAGGUCUAGAUUGGGGACCAAGAGUUUGUAUUUCUAGAAAAUCCCCAGUGAUGCAGAUACUACUGAUCUAGAAAUGGUACUUUGAUAAAUUCUGGUCUGGUCCAGAAGAUGAAAGACAAUUCAAAUUAUCUUUUGCCAUCUGGUCCCUCCCACAAUCUUACCUACUGUCUUUCCCAUGCAGGUAACUUACAUUUCAGGUACUCCAAUUUAAGUAACUGUUUUCAUCAGGUCCCAUACCAAUAAGCAAAACAAACAAGUUAGUCAUUGUUUUGGUACAGGUUUUAUCUAACAGAGAUAUGAAUUUCAUUGUUGGUCAAAAACAGAAACUAUUAAUAUACAAGGGAACACAAACACAAGAAAGUUAACCAGACAAAAAAUGAAUAAACAUCCAACUGUAAAUUGGAAUGAGCAUAAUGAAGGAAUUUUAUAACAUUAAUACACUCAUUUAAUCUCUUUAAUGGAGAAAAAAGUACCUCAAGUUCAAGGAGGCUUGCCUUUUCCAAGAUCACUAAUCUGAAUUAGCAAACAUUUUUAAAAAGGUUAUUUUGCCAUCAGCAGAAGCUGAUUCAGAAACUGAGGGAGUAGUAUACAAACCAGGCAAUCUAACGGGGGAAUGGAUGUUCCAAGAGGCAAUCUGACCAUUGUGCCAAAUACUUGCCCUAGCAUACAAUCUUUAUAGGCUGUUGGUUUUAAUUUUAAUCUACGUGAAGUAGAUUAGUCUACUAAACUGGAAAACUAAGAAGUCAUCAAAAAGUUUUGAUGAAAACACUGUCUUUGGAAAACUGUUCUUGAAGGGACUCUGUAUUUAAAAAUCCAUAAGAAUUUAAAAUCAAGCAGUAACAAUGCAGAAAAUCUUUAUAAGCUGAGCAUUUUAUGAAUAAUGCCAGAAUUAGAAAGCUGUGGGCAUCUAAAUUAAACUGAAAAGGUAAGUCACACAAUACCAAAUGAACUCAAGGUGUUAAAAUAACAGGACAGUUGAGAAGCAGUCAGGAAAGAUACCAACUUGCCACUUCCCAAUUAAGAGAAAUGAAACACAAAAAUAAUUUAUCAACAAAACCUAAAAGUUAGCUGUUCUCAACAUCUUGCAUUUUGGAACUAAGGCAACUGGAAUUAUGAUAUUAGCAAAAGAAUACAAAGCAAAUACCAAUUAUGAAUGCCAGGUCAAAAUAAUUUGCAUCAAACAAUAACUUGUUAAAGAGUACCUGGCUGUUAAAAACAAUAAAGCUAGGCCGGCGCCGUGGCUCAAUAGGCUAAUCCUCCACCUUGCGGCGCCAGCACACCGGGUUCUAGUCCCGGUCGGGGCGCCGGAUUCUGUCCCGAUUGCCCCUCUUCCAGGCCAGCUCUCUGCUAUGGCCAGGGAGUGCAGUGGAGGAUGGCCCAGGUGCUUGGGCCCUGCACCCCAUGGGAGACCAGGAAAAGCACCUGGAUCCUGGCUCCUGCCAUCGGAUCAGCGCGGUGCGCCGGCUGCAGCGGCGGCCAUUGGAGGGUGAUCUAACGGCAAAGGAAGACCUUUCUCUCUGUCUCUUUCUCUCACUGUCCACUCUGCCUGUCAAAAAAAUAAAUAAAUAAAAAAAUUAAAAAAAAAAAAUAAAGCUAUGGAGUACAUACCCAAAUGCCUUAAAACAGACACCGCAUUUCAGAAAUGAGCUUUCAAAUGUUUACUUAUUGUGGAUGUAUGCAUGGUAGAAUUUUUCAGGCUGAGGAAUGAAUGCCUUUUUUAAAAAGCAGGCAGUGAGGACAAAAUAACUCAAAGUUUUCUUAAAAUAUUUGCAAGAACUCUUCAAUGUUCUCUUCACUUGAUGGUUAAAGAACUGUCUAAAGAAAAGUCAAACAAGUUAUACUUAUCAAGAAUUAAAAUCUCUUAAAAUAAAAUAUGAAGUAGAAUCAUUACACUCCUUUGCCAGUAUGCAGUUCUGCUAAGAAGUUGUAUCAUCAACUUGUCAACAUCCAUUAAUUGCAAUUCAUAUUUUAAUUAUUUAUAAAUUUCUGAUUUAAAUAAUGACAAGAAAUUUGUAAUAAAAUUAAGAUAUGUUCAAGAGUUCCACAAGAAAUAAUGGUCAAAAUUAAACUUUCUACUUUAGUCAACAUUUAUGUACCAAGGCUAAUUACUUAUGUCUUACAGUUAUGAUUUUAACAUAGGAGUAAGAUUAACAUGAUAUAAAAACUUCAUGUACUAGUUUUUUUUACAAUACUUCUAUAAAUCUAAAAUUAUCUCAAAAUAAGAGACUACAAAAAAAACCUUAAUUUCUUAAGAUCUUAUUUCUGUUUUGCUAGCAAAUUGCUAGGCAGGAAAAACAGGAUUUUGAUUUCCCAUGCUGGGCUAGUUACAAUAGUAUCUAUCUAACUUUGAUUGCUUUGCUAUAGUAAUUACCUUAAAUGCUAAGACAAAGCAUAUUCCUAGAGAAAAACUCACUAAAGUUAACAAGCAUUUUUUAUUAACUUUUUUUUUAAAAGACAAAUUGAUAAGUAAAUUAUAUUCUACCUAUCACUCUUAAUUUAUGUAUGAGUCUAAGAUUAAGUAUUAUAUAGAUUUUUAUCUGGGCAACAAAUUCAGAGGUUUUUAGAAAAAGAAGCAAAAAAAUAAAAUGGUCACUAGUGAACCAGACCACAUAAAAUGUAUCUCAAAAAAAAAAAAAAAAAAAAAAAAAACCCAAAAA